AUGCCACAGCUGAUCGAGGCUAGAGCAAGCGAUGAUGACUGGACUGGUAUUACGGAUGCAGCAUCCCGGCGGAGAAGGCAGACUAGAUUGAACACCCGAGCAUACCGUCGUCGGAAAGCCGAACAAGCUGCUUCCAAGGCCGUGAAGAUGGAGACGCCUGCCCCCAGAAUGGACACUAUACCCUGCUGGGACGAGGAAAACCAGAAGGUCGCGCUGCUACCGGCCGCAGUCGCGAAGGCCAUCAACGCUCCCGUAAUUCCAAAAGGCCGCCUCAACUCAAGGCUUCUCUUCCCUCUCUCUUCAGACCAUUUGAUCACCCUCAUUCAAGUUAAUACAUUGCGUGCCAUCAUGACCAACGGCCACAUCUUGGAGGAAGUAAUACCUGAAACGAGAUAUGACUGUACCGGGGGCGCCUUACAGGUUCUCCCUAGCCUCAGAAAUAUACAGCAGGUACCCGAAAGCCUAUUGCCGACUCGAUGUCAGUCGCUGGUUCCUCAUGGGGCUUGGAUCGACUGUCUCCCUCACCCAGCCUGGAGAGACAACUUCAUCCGAGCUCUUGGCACGUUUGACGAGAACGACCUCGCUUCUGAUAUUGCGGGGUGGUUAUCGAAGGGCACUGGCGCUAUAGAACCUGGGAUGCGAGGGCUGAUAGUUUGGUCGCCUCCCUGGCAUCAUACGGGUUGGGAGGUGUCGGAAGGAUUCAUGGAGAAAUGGGGUUGGUCAGUUAGAGGGUGCGAGGAGGUGCUCGAGGCCACGAACAAAUGGCGAGAAGUUCGAGGAGAGCCGCCGCUUAAAGUUGAAUAA